AUGAGAUGUCUUGUGUUCAAGCAUGAGGGAGAGAUCGUUGUUUCGGAUGCUAGCUUGGAAACCCUAGCUUCGGUUCGGAGGGGUUGGUGGUGUUGCGAUAGCAUGAGCGGCUGGACGACCGGUGGUGGGGUCUCUGAGGUGUGCGGUGGCGUCGUGAUUGCUCCUGUUUGCCAUUGUUUGCAAAACCAAAAAGUGAUGUCUCGCAAAGAAAAUCUGAUAUCUGAGUUACACACCAGAAAAGGAACAUGGAAAAUAGUUGUGCGUAUCACUGAUCUUUGGCAAGCUCGAAAGCAAAAUAGUAAACAAACAAUUGAGAUGGUGUUGAUAGACCAAACGGGUUCAAAAAUUGGAGCUACUCUCUGGCAAGAACUCUUCACUGAAUUGAGGGACAAGUUACAGUGUGGUUCUUCGUAUUUGAUUCAAAACCUGAGGAUUGUUGACAACCAAUCUGAAUACAGAGUCAGCCCAGCUCCAUAUUUGGUUUAUUUCCUAAAAACUACAUCUGUCAAGGAAAUCCACCGUCCAGAAAUUCCUUCUAAUAUUUAUCUCAUUACUCCUUUUAGUGAUAUAAUCUCUGGCCUCGCACCACGCCAUACUUUAGUGGAUAUUGUUGGUGUGGUUGCUGAUUUCAUCGAUGUUAAGACAGUUAAUCCCCCUCACAGGAUGACAGUAAGGCUCAGGGAUAACAGUAACUGCGACAUUCUAAUAACUGUUUGGGAGGACUAUGCUAUUCAGCUAGAUGAUGCUAUUGACAAAAACCUUAUGCUUCAGGAACCAUUGGUUGUUAUGUUGACCCUAGGUAAAAUCAAGGAUGCUACAAGUGUGUCUGGUGUUGAUGGUUCUCAGUCCCAAUCUAGCCAGAGUAAUGUGGUGGAAAAAUUUAUGCAGAAUGCUCAGGUGGUCAGUAUAGGUGAAAUCAACAAUCUCAGACAGGAUUGUUACUGCUUAACUGUUGGAACAGUUGAUGAAAUCAUUAUUGAAGCUCCAUGGAGUUAUGACAGUUGUCCUAACUGUACAACCACAUUUGAUCCAUCAAAAGGUGACUCAGCUUGUCGUUCUUGCCAUACCAGUGUGAUCGAUACAGUUCCACAGUAUAAAUUAAAUGUUAGGAUGGAGCAUAAUGGGGACAAAGGAAACUUCUUUCUCUGGGAUGCAACAUGA